AUGGCCGACAACCAAGACCACCAAGCCGCUCGCCAGCCUUCGUCACGUUCAUUGACAAGGCCCGGCACCGCUGGCUCUGCCUCUGGCCGCCCCGCCCUACGCCCCGCUCCCUCAUCCAACAGCAUGUACAAUGCUGGCGCUCCUGAAUCCGCAGAGCUCCUGCUCCCACCUAGCCGCUCUCGUCCGUCACGGCGCUUCCGUGAUGACGACUCGCCCAUGAGGUCGCCGAGCCAAAGUGGCUACAACUCUCGUCGCACAAGUUGGGGCUCCGAGUCGACAGGCAGCAGAGAUAGCCGCGUCGGUCCCUUUGCUUCUCCCUUCGACGAUUCGCGCGCCCCUUCACGUGCUGGCAGCGACGACGAGGGCGUAAACACCCAGACCGUCUCGGAGAAAUACAACAUUCUGCCUUCUGCUGGCCUGCUCCUCUUCCCUGAAGAUGUCGAAAAGGACGAUUACUUACAUAACCCGGAUCCCAACGAGAAAGAAGGCCGCAUAACCUGUUCCGACUUGUUCUCGAAACGUGGUAUCACCAACUUGGGCGGUCUCGUCUUAAUCACCUUGGGUGUCUUCAUGCUCUUCAUCGGAUAUCCUAUCAUGUAUGUGCUCUCCGACGACGUCUUGUCCUACCCAAAACUAAUGCCCUGUCUAGUANCGUUCGCUGUCAAAUACAACGAGCCAAAAGUCAACACGUGCACUUCUGAUCCCAUGUGCAUCAGGAAUGAUGUGCCUCUCUUGAAGAACGUACGCCACAGUCUCAUUGACCCUGCUACACCCAGUUCGGUCAUGACAAGAAAGAGCGUCAAUGGCAAAACUUUGAACCUAGUGGUAUGUCACAUCGAUUCGAUAUCCAAAAGUCUUUUACUGAUCACCAUCAAGUUCUCCGACGAGUUCGAAACUGAUGGCCGUACUUUCUAUGACGGCGACGACCCGUACUUCCAAGGUGUUGACAUCUGGUACGGUGUCACACAGGAUCUUGAGGUCAGUGCUGCCAUAUAUGCCUGUUCGUCUCAAAAGCUAACAAUCAACAGUNGGUACGACCCUGACGCUAUCACUACCAAAGACGGUGUCCUUGAGAUCACCUUCGACGCUUUCAAGAACCACGGCCUCAACUACCGCUCUGGUAUGCUGCAAUCGUGGAACAAGCUUUGCUUCAAGGGUGGUUACCUUGAGGCCAGUAUCUCGCUUCCUGGUAGAGGUGACACGAUCGGUUUCUGGCCUGGUUUCUGGGCUAUGGGUAACCUUGGAAGACCUGGAUACCGUGCUACGACUGAUGGCACUUGGCCCUACAGCUACUCGGACGUCUGCGAUCCUGGUAUCACUGCUAACCAGUCAUCUCCUGAUGGUUUCAACUGGCUUCCUGGAAUGCGUCUCCCUGCUUGUACUUGUGAUGGUGAAGAACAUCCUAGUCCCGGAAAGUCUCGUUACGUUGCCGAAAUCGAUGCUAUCGAAGCCAGUGUGUCGUACCUUGAUCCCCUUCAUUACGACGCCGCGGUCGGUUCAGCUUCGCAGAGUUAUCAGACUGCUCCUUUCGAUAUUUUCUGGCGUCCCAACACCGACUUCAUCGAAGUUUAUGACUCCUCCAUUUCCGAGAUGAAUUCUUACCAGGGUGGUGUUUACCAACAAGCUCUUUCAACCGUUACCCUUCUCAACAACGACUGGUACGAUGGCAAAGCCUACCAAGUGUACGCUUUCGAGUACGAGCCUGGUUCAGAUGGAUACGUUGCUUGGUACGUUGGCUCAGAACCCACUUGGAAGAUGACUGCCGAUGCCGUCGGACCCAACGGAAACGUUGGACAGAGAGUGAUGCCCGAGGAACCCAUGGCGCUCAUUGCCAACUUUGGUCUCUCGGCAAGUUUCGCUCAAUUGAACUGGACAGGUCUGGCCGAACUUAUGCCUGGUAAGAUGAGAUUUGACUACAUCAGAAUCUACCAGGAUGACGACGGUGAGAUGACUUGCGAUCCCGUGGGCUACCCCACGACGGAUUAUAUCAACAAGCACUCGAACGCAUACCAGAACCCCAACAUUACAAGUUGGGAGGAUGCAGGUUACGACUGGCCACAAAACUCAUAUGUUGACUCAUGCAAGAGCAGCCACUACAAGGGCCCGAACUAA